AUGAGAGGGACUAUGACUGACCCCGAAUUUACUAUAGUGACGGACAAACUCAAGAACAAACUCACCGUUGCUGCUUUCCCCGCAGAAGUCGAGGAUGCGCAUGUCACACCAUCCAAAAAACAGAAAGACUCUGUGAAACAUGCUGGGAAGCCAGUUAAGUCUGAAGCUAACGGCGAGCCGUCCACAAAACAGGCCGAUGAGAAAUCAUCCGCCAAUGCGCCGAUUUCCACUGCAGACGAUGUCGUUGUCAAAGCCAACGUGCCAACCACAGAAGAAGAUCCUAUCGUCGAAGAUGCUAAGGACAAGGCUGUUAAGAAAUCUACAGCAGCUUCAGAGGAGGUUUCUGAAGAGGCAAAGACGGAGGAGGUAGUUGGCGAGACCACUGCCCACGUCACAUCGUCCGAAGGGUCUAAAGACAAAGCAGUAGAGGCAAGCGAAGAAACCGCUACCGAUGCUGAUGUGAAGACGGACGAACCUGCAGAGCCAGCGCCUCAAGCGACUCCGGAAGUUGCAGUGGUCGCCGAGGAGACCGCAGAAACCCCUUCCAAGGAAACGGAAGAAGCCACACCGGUUGUGGCCGAAGCGGAAACUGUAACUGAAGAAGAGCCUGCCGAGAUUGAGCCCAAAAGCGUUGAAGAACCAACCGUGACUCAUGAAGAAAAGGCGUCCGCCGAAGAGGAAAAGGCUGCCCAUUUACCCACAGUUGAAGAGGCGACGACUGCCGCUGAGGUUGCUCCUGAAUCAGAUUCCACUCCUACCACGACUGAAGUCGAGGCUGAUAGCGAGCCGGCAGUGGAAGAACCGGUGAAGGAGACUGUCGACGCCGAGGAGGUGGCUGAACCAACCACAUCCACUGAAACUUCAGAACAAGUCACCGAACCCUUGGCCGAAACGACUGAAAUCGAGAUUCCCACAACUGCAGAAACCACUACAGAAACGGUCCCGGAACCGAAGGCUCAUGUAAAGGAAGAAGUUGACAAGGAUAUUGCUGAAACUGAGCCAGUGGCUGAACCAACUGCAACGACCAAGGAAGCUUCGGAACCUGUUGCAGAGCCUCAGACCGAGACGACAGAAGCCGAAGAAGCUCUUCCUGCUGAAACAGCUCAGGAAACAGCUCCCAAAUCGGCUCCUGAACCAGAAGCUCCAGCCGAGGAAGAGGUUGCAAAGGACACCGCCGAAGAUGAGCAAGAGAUUAAAGCUCCUACUACACUUAAAACAGUCGAGAGCACUCAGGAAGGCACAACUGAGAGCGCAGUUGAAGAGAAGCCGGUUGAGACCGAAGUUACCGAAGUUGCGGAGCCGGUAAAAGAGUCUCUUGCUGAAAAGCAACCCGAGGAGGCCGCGCCUGAAAAUGUUGAGCCUGAAUUGACAGAGAUUGCUUCUGAGGAACCUGUUUCGACUGAACCCGAGGAGGCCCCUGCUGUUGAGCAGCCCAAGGAGACCGAGGCUGAAUCCGCGGAAGACACCACCGAGAAUGUUGAGGAAUCGACUGCUGUUGCUCCUGAGGUUCCGGAACCCGUACCUGCGGAGAUUGCUGAAGUAGAAGCACCGGUAGAAAUCUCAGAUUCUGCAGAAGAACCGGCGAAAGAAGCCGUGACCGAGGAAGCCGAUGCUGUUCCGGCAUCUGAAUCGGAUAUCAAGGUUGAACCUUCAACAGAAGUCGCAGAGACGCCAGUUGAACAAGUGGAGACUGAGGCGGUUACCGAAGCAGCAGAUGAGCCAGUCUCUGUUCCUGCUGAAGUUUCUGAAGUGCCUAUUCCUGAAACCACAGAGGUCACCGAAGAAACUGCACCGGAGUCUUCAAAGCUCGAAGAAGAACCAACCACGGAACCUACUGCUGAAAUCGAAGAAGUCGCUGAAGAGAAGGAGCCAGUCACUGAGUCCGCUGAGACACCCUCAGAAACCGUGCCUGCCACGACAGAAGACACAGCAGAGGAAGCUACCAAUGACGAAUCGCCCAAGGAGGUUGACGCUCACGAGGAAUCUGUCACUGCUGAGCCUGAAACAGCGACUACAUCCCCAGAGGUUUCUGAAGAGCAAACAACUGCGCUUGCUGCCGUCGCUGAACCCGAGCACUUAGCAGUUGAAGAAUCUUCUCCCGAGCCAGCGCAGGUCGCGGAAGAAAAGGCGGAGGACCGUACCGAGGCUUCCGAAGUCCCCGUCAAUUCAACGACUGAAGCUGCCGCUAUUGCUGAAGAGUCAGUUACCACUGUUGAACCGGUCGAUGCUGCCGAAAAGCCCGAAGAAUCAGUGGAGGAGGAAGCUGCUGCGCCCGUUGAAGUGACUGAAGAACCAGCUGUUGAGUCGGCCACUGAACCAACAGAGCCAACCGAAGCAACUGAGGAGCCCGCUGCUGCUGAGCCCAUUGCCGAGUCUACCGCUGAGUCUGCCGCCGAGUCCGUGUCCGAACCGGUCGUCGAGCCCGCUGCUGAGCCUGUUGCAGAGUCUGUUGAAGAGUCAGUUGCGGAAGCCGUUUCUGAACCAGUAACGGAAACCGCUGUAGACCCUACUUCGGAAUCUGCAGAACCUGCAGCUGAGUCAGUCGCCGAAGUCGCUGCUGAGCCUACCACCGAGACUGCCGCUGAACCUGUCGUUGAAGCUGUUGCGGAAUCUGUCGUCGAACCUAUUUCUGAGCCUGCUGUCGAACCUGUCGCUGAACCGGUUGCCGAGGCUGUUGCAGAAUCUGCUGAGCCUACUGCUGAGCCGGCUGUAACAGAGGAAGAGAAAGAAGCUGCUCCCAGUGAAGUUGUUGCGGAAUCUGAUGCAGUACAUUCUCAUGACGAAAACACUUCCGCGGAUAUUUCUGAGGCCACCAAGACUACAGUUGAGGAUGGUCAACCGUCAGCAGAGAAAGAAGAAUCUCUUCCUACCGAGGAAGCGCCCGCUUCAGAGCCUGUGGAGGAAUCAGCAACUCCUGAAGCCUCUGAAAAUGAGCCUUCUGCUGAAGUCGUGGAAGAGACACCUGUUAGCGAGCCUGCUGAAGCUCCUGUCGCAUCCCUAAAAGAGGCAGAACCAGUUCAGGAAGCAGCUGCAAGCGACGAAGUCGUCGAACCGGUGGUUGUUGAAGAGGCAGUUGCUUCUACUGUCAAUGAACCUGAGCCAGUUACAGAGGAUUCAGAGGUUCAACCAGCGGAAGAGGUUGAUCCAAGCACCGUCAAGGAAGAACUCCCAGAAGAACCUGUCACGGCUGAAGAGCCCAAAGCUGCCACUACGGAAACUGUAGCGGAAGAGGCAAUUGAAACUGAAACCGACGCCAUUGCUGAGGAACCCGCCGCUGAAGAUGCAGAGGAGGAGGAGGAGGAGGAGGAGGAGGAGGAGAUUGAAACAACCACAGAGCCCGCCGUUGAUACUUCAGAAGAAAGCAAGGAAGAGACUGCAGAUGAACAGCCAAUCACCGAUGCUGUCGAAGCAACUGUUGUUGAGAAUGCAGUAGAAGAGUCGACUAUCGAAGAGCCUGCCGAAGCCACUGAAAAAACACCAACUGAAGUUGUAGGCGAGUCUCCUGUGGAGCCGGCCCAAGAAGCGCUAUCCAAAGCCGUAGAGGAAACUCCCGCAGAGCCUACUGUGGAGGAACCUGCCAAGACAGUUGAGGCUGUCACGGAGACUCCGGUAGAAUCUGUUGAAGAACAACCUGUCGAUACCGCUGAACAGGUCGCUGAACCAGUUGAGGAAGUUUCGGUGGAAGAAACUGCCGCAGAGCCUGCCACAGAGGAGCCCACCCAGAUUGUGGAGGAAACACCUCUAGAGGCCGAUGUUGAAACUGCUGUAGAGCCUGUCGUCGCGGAGGUCGCCGAACCGGUUGAGAAAACCUCAGUUGAAGUAACUCCUACACAAUCUGCUGACGAAGAAGUCGCCAAAACUAUUGAAGAACCAGCUGCAGAGGAGCCUGUUCAGGCUAUGGAGGAGACCCCUGUUGAGACUAUUGCAGAGCCUACUGUCGAGGAGAUUGCCGAACCGGUUAAAGAAAUCCUGGUUGAAGCAACACCUACACCAUCUGCUGACGAAGAAGUCGCCAAAACUAUUGAAGAACCAGCUGCAGAGGAGACCCCUGUUCAGACUAUUGCAGAGCCUGCGGUCGAGGAGAUUGCCAAACCGGUUAAGCACAGCCUGAUUAAAGCAAUGCCUACAGAACCUGCUGAAGAGGAGUCCACCAAGAUUGUGGAGGAAGCUCCUGCCGAGGCAGUAUCUGUUGAGCCUGCUGAAGAACAACCCGCGGAAAUUGCCGAAGAGAUUGUCAAGGAACCCGCUGUGGAGUCUGUUGUUACAGAGGCUACUGAAGCGGUUGAGGAAACCCCAGUUGAAGCAAUGCCUGCAGAGCCUGCCGAAGAACAGGUUACUGAAGUUGUUCAGGAAACACCAGUUGAGGCUAUUCAAGAAACCCCUACAGAGUCUGGUGAAGUGCAGGCUAAAGAGGCGGUAGCCGAACCCACUACCGAGUCCGUUGAAGACGAGAUCAGGCCCGCUGAAGAAACGGUUGUUGAAGUCGUUGAGGAGACCCCGGCUGUGCCUGAAUCUGAAGCCCCCGCUGAGCCUGCCCAGAUUGUGGAGGAAACACCGGUUGAAGCUGAUGUUGAUACCGCUGCAGCGCCUGUCGAGGAAGAGGUUGCCGAGACUGUGGAAGAAACCCAAGUUGAGCCUGUUGAAGAGAAACCUGCAGAACCUGCUGCAGAAGAGACUGACAAGGAUGUCAAAGAAGCCCCAGAAGCAGAAGCUGCUGAAGCAAAUGAACAGGUUGAGAAUGUAGAGGACGCUGCUCAGGAGCCAGCUGUCGAAGUUUCGGAUGCCACAAAAGAGCAACCCACUCAGUCUACUGAUGCGCCUGUUGAGGAACCCGAAGCAGUCAUCGAAGAGGCUAAGCCGGAGGAGGAAGUUGUUGAAAGCGCAAAUGCGGUUGAAGAGCCUUUGACUAAGGCUGUUGAGGAAGCUCCGGUUCAGACAGAAGAGAUUCCUGCCCCGGUGGCAGAAACACCUUCGGAAGCUCAUCCCGAUAGCCACAAAAUCACUGAGGUUGCAGUUGCCGCAGGUGCGGCAGCAGUAGCUGGUCUUGGGGUUUUCGCAGCUACUAAGACUGCUUCAGACGAGACUUCAAAGGAGCAAGCCUCGGAAGCCAAAGAUGUCUUUAUCGAGAUUGUCAAAGAGGUUGCUCCUGUUGAAAGUACUGACGUUGAGCCUUCUAGUCUGCCAGAAGAAACCGCUGAGCCCAUUGAAGCUUCGGCCGCCAAAGAAGUUGAGACCGAAGCGGCUCCUGUCGAAGAGCAGCCCAUUGAAGUUUUGGCCGCCAAAGAAGUUGAGACCGAAGCGGCUCCUGUUGAAGAGCAGCCUGUUGAAGCUUUGGCCACCAAAGAUGUUGAGACCGAAGCGGCUCCUGUUGAAGAGCAGCCUGUUGAAGCCUUGGCCACUAAAGAAGUUGAGACUGAAGCGGCUCCUGUCGAAGAGCAGCCCAUUGAAGUUUUGGCCGCCAAAGAAAUUGAGACCGAAGCGGCUCCUGUCGAAGAGCAGCCCAUUGAAGUUUUGGCCGCCAAAGAUGUUGAGACCGAAGCAGCUCCAGUCAAGGAUGCCGCUCCAAUUUCCGAGAAAGUGCGCGAAUCUGAAGUCGUUUCCAAGGAUACAGGCAUCAGUGUUGGACAAAUUGCGGGCAUUGUUGGUGGCGCUGGUGUUGUCGCUGCCGCGGCAGUGGCUGCUGCUCAUGUGUUGACUUCGCCGAAGGAGUCACUAUUGAAAGAAGUUCCUGCCCAGACAGAUAAAGAGCAUCAGUCACUACCUGUCCAUGCCAUUGAGACUUCAGCAAGUGACUUGAAGCCCGCAGAGGCGCCGUACGGUAUUCUUUCGCCACCUACUCCAGAGCCUGAGGCCGACGCAGCACUUAAGAUGCUUGCCAAGGACCGUGAGACACUUCUCAAACAGCUUGGAGGCUCAGUAUCCGCAGUCAACCUUCUCAAUAUCGAUAAGAAGCCUUCCGAUCUAGGCGCUCGUGUUCAACCCUUCUGUGACGAAGACGAACACAUCACAGCUGCCAACGGUUCUGCACCAAAUGCAAAUAAUGCCGCUGAAAACCACGAUGUCUCGCAGAUCAUCUCAGAAGAGACUGCCGAUACUGAACCAACUGCCACCAAGCCAGAUGAAGAGACCAGAUCUACAGGCGCUCGAUCAACGACAGCUCUGUCUUUGAAGUCUGGCAACUGGUUCACAGCUUUGUUCCGUACCAUUUGGGCGUCGAUAUUUGGCGGAAUUUUCGCCGGAACCCGCAGAAGGAAGACUUCCGACUGA